AUGCCCCAAUCGGAACCCACCGACGGCCGAGACACGCCCGUCUCGUCUGCAUCGGCAGGCGGAGGAGGAAAGAGACGCAAAAGCAAGAACGGCGAUGGCAGCACCAGCAGCAGCAACAGCAGCAAGAAGCGCGAAAGAGGUGACAAGGACGACGGGGGCGUCACCAAGCUGGCAAACGGCCCUCACGGCGACGGCCUGCGCCGCUCCAGCAUCAGCAAACCAGGCCGCGACCGCCGCGACGAACCUGAGCCCAGGACCAAGCGCCAGAAGAGGGAGAAGCGCGACAAGAGCGAGAAGCGGCGCCAGACGGCGGCCGACGACGACGAAGCCAACAGCAGCAGCGGCAAGCGGGACGCCUCGCGGUCGCGAUCUCUGGCGCGACUGGAGAGCCCCGUCAUCGACUUUGACGGGCUCAGCCGUCCCAGCGUGGGCGCCCGCGACCGGCUGGAAGAAGGCCCCGAGGCGGCGGCGGCGCGGCUCGACCGCAUCAAGGGAGCCGUCCGCACCAUCCUCGAGUGCGUGGGCGAGAACGCGGACCGCGAGGGCCUCCUGGCGACGCCGGAGCGCUACGCCAAGGCCAUGCUGUACUUUACGCGCGGCUACGAGCAAAACGUGCUCGACAUUGUCAACGGCGCCAUCUUCCAGGAGGGCCACUCCGAGAUGGUCAUUGUCAAGGACGUUGACGUCUACUCGGUCUGCGAGCACCACCUGGUGCCCUUCACCGGCAAGAUGCACAUCGGCUACAUCCCCAACAACGCCGUCAUCGGCAUCUCCAAGCUGCCCCGCAUCGCCGAGAUGUUUGCGCGCCGCCUGCAGAUCCAGGAGCGCCUCACCAAGGAGGUCGCCAACGCUAUCUUCGAGGUCCUGCGGCCCCAGGGCGUCGCCGUCGUCAUGGAGUCGAGCCACCUGUGCAUGGUGAUGCGCGGCGUGCAAAAGACGAGCAGCACCACCGUCACGAGCUGCAUGCUCGGCUGCUUCGAGCGGAGGGACAAGACGCGCAACGAGUUUCUCAGCCUAAUCAACGUCAAUGCCCGUUGA